CGCUCUCAGCUCCUCGUGGUCGGCGGCCCGGGCAACGCGGUGCCAGGGACGAUGGACAGGGCCUGUGAAAUGAGAUACAGGACGAUGGACAGCCCUUUGGGGAAGAUCGAGAUCUCCGGUUGUGAGCGGGGACUGCAUGAGAUCAGGCUGCGCGGCAGGAAGACCCCGGACGCUGGACCCACGGAGGCCCCCACUCUUCCUGAGCUGCUCGGCCGUCCAGAGGAAAUGACGGAGCCCCUGGUGCAGUGCGUGGCCUGGCUGGAUGCCUAUUUCCAUGAGCCCGAGGUCCUCCCAGGCCUCCCCUUGCCUGCGAUUCACCAUCCCAUUUUCCAGCGAGAUUCAUUCACCGCACAGGUGUUGUGGAAGCUGCUGGAGGCUGUGAAAUUUGGAGACACGGUUUCUUACCAGCAACUCGCAGCCCUGGCAGGCAACCCCAGAGCAGCGCGGGCAGUGGGCGGAGCGAUGAGGAGCAAUCCCGUGCCCAUCCUCAUCCCGUGCCACCGAGUGGUCUGCAGUAGCGGAGCCGCGGGCAACUACUCCGGAGGACUGGCCACAAAGGAGUGGCUGCUGGCCCACGAAGGCCGCCUGGCAGGGAAGCCGACCUAUCCAGGGGCCUAUCCGGCUGGAACCGGGCGCAGGGCGCAGGGCGGCCCCUCCAGCCCCCAGCCGGCUGGCCGGGAUUGA